AUCUGUAUGCUACCGACAGUUUGUCCGUAGCCUCAGACUUGAUGCUAAGAAAUUUGAAUUCCGAUUUUGUGAUAUGGUCCUCCAAAGGUACCUGGCCAGCAUUGAGAAGCUAGAAAUGGGUCUCUUCUCGUCCUUCAAGGUCCUCGAUUCCACGUAUCUAUUUGCCGUUGUUGUAGAUUUCCCGUCGACGUCCAUCGUAUCAUCCCUCCGUCUAGUGAGCAGCCGCCUCUGUCUCAGCGGCCUCCAGCUUCUGUGCUCUCCUUGCACGCUUCUCCAGCAAGAACUCUUUCCUCUGUGCCAACAUGGCGGUUUGCCUAUCAUCAACGCCCUGCAGCCAGUAUCCAAAGCUACCACCGACCGCACCGAAGAAAGGGUAAGCCCAGAGGCCUUGCUUGUGGAACAGCGGCACCAUCUGGAGACCCAGCUGCCACGCUCGGACGGCCACGCCUGUCCAUCUCGCAAACGAGGAGGCGUAACGCACCGAAGCCGGCCCAAAAGACGACUCUGGAAACCAUCUUAUGUGAUUGACUGAGUUGUGUUAUCGUGCUUGCUGCGAUGGAGGCUUAGGUUCUGGUCGACGGCUCUUCGAUGGCCUGAUUCGACGAUUUCGGUGGGAUCGCAGGUGCGAUUCUGCUGCGAGGUAUUGUUGUGGAUUGGGGGUGUCGUCAAGUUGGUACAAUUCAAUGAACCGAGCAAGCUUCCUAGGACGGAGCAUUCAAUCAAUCUCAAUUUAGCAGGCACGCGCAACACCUUUUCGCGAUCCUUCGACAUCUUUUUCCCUGCAAAUCAUUCCUGCGACUGGAGCAGAUGUCACUCACUUAAACUACUAAUCUUCUCGGCCUAGUCUCCAGCAAGUCCAUUUCAGAGGAAGCCAGAUUUGUUUCUGUAUUCAAAAAAUCAAUAAGUUUCGCUGAAGAUCCUGGAGCAAAACCACCAGCCACGUCGCUCGGCUAAAAGCCAAAAAGAAAGCACUGCGAAAUCCCCGCCAAUUAGCCAUGCCCAGCAAACAAAACCAGUUCCUCGCUCGCUAGCUUUUGGGUUGGCGCACGUUUUCAACAUUGAAGCCCAACGCGCUCAGUCAAGUUGGAUGCACUUUCCAUCACCAACGUAAGACCAGCACGGCCCCCGAACCAAUGGCUGCGGCAACAGCCAUGCCAGUCGUUGAAGAAUCUCGAGGCGAUGUAGCUCCGGUGUUGAAGCCGCUGUCUUUCAAGGCAUCUGAGCUUCCACUAUCGUCUGCCGUACGGUCGGCGAUCGAGACGCUGGCGCAUGGGUUCAAGAAGAAGGGCGGAUAUGACGAGAUUAGGAAGCAGGUCUGGGAUAAGUUCGAGGCGAGCGACUACGAGGCACAAGUUACGAAAUCUAUUUUAGAGGUCGCCGAGCAGGAAGUCGAACGGAAUGCACACCAGCUCCUAACGCUCGAUCGGGGCAAGGCUGCUGCCUUAAUCGACGGCGCCCUUGACCGUAGUGGUGUUUAUCAGAAGGCAGAGGCCGUCAUUGAGAGUCUCAUCGACUUCGAGGCAAUAGAGAACAACAUCCGCGAGCUAAGGCGUGCCGAGAUUGGCGAAGAAGCAGCCCUCGCCGAACAAGAGCGAGGUUCAAAAACCGACAUUGCUUAUGCUGCAGAUCGGGCUGCCAGGCAGGCUGAGCGCGAAAAGGUCAGGGACGAACUCCGGAAGGUGGAGGAGAUGAAACGAAAUCUCGAGCGGGACAUCCGUGAAAAAGAGGAGCGAGCUGCUAGGGAGGCACGAGAAAAGGAGCGUGAGGCGAAGCGCAAGGAGCGUGAGAAAGAGCGGGAACGAGAUCGUAGCAAGGAUAGGCGCGAAAGGCGACGUGAAAGCCGAGACAGGUCACGACGCGGAAGCAGAGAUCGUGAUCGUUCGCGCUCACGCCGCCGGGAUCGUUCACGAAGGCGAGACAGAAGCAGGGAUGGGACCAGAGACCGCGACCGCGACAGGCAUCGUGACUCUGAUAGGAGAAGGAGCACCAGGGAUGACGGUCGGUCCAAGGAGCCAUUGUCUCAGAAAGACCUUCAGCGCCUCGAAGAACAAGCGCUCGCGGAUCUUUUACGUGAAAGCACCAAAGACACGCCAAAGCAGCCAGAGCUUGAGGUUGAUGAGACCCUAGUACCACCGCCGCGGAAGAAGGCUAAACCUGGAUCGGCAAUAUUCUCCCGCAGUGAUUCCAACCCGGAUGUCAAGAAUGCUUCCGAGGGCAAGAAGCUGUCGGCAGCAGCGCCCACUGUCAAGCAAUUAACACCAAUUACGAAGCCAUCGGCAAAACCUGAGGUCAAGACGAUCAAGGAGAUCAAGAUCAAGACGGUUCCCAUGGCUGAGACCCCAGCCCCGCCUCCAUCUCAAGCACCACCCAAGGCUGAAGCACCUAGGGAGGAAAGUAAGGACACGGCAACUAAGUCGGGCAAGGAAGAUCCGCCAAGCAAAGACCGCGAGCAGGCUCGACGACCUAGCAGCGUACAGCGAUCGUCUGACCGUGACCGUGACCGUGACCGUGGUGGCCGUGACCGGGAGAGAUCACGAGACAGACAUACCCGAGAUAGGAGUAGAGCCCGGGACCAUAGUCGACAAUCUCGCAUUGAUGAGCGAAGACGGCCGGAUCGUCGAUCCAGAUCUCCUCGGCCUAGACGUGAUAGCCGCAGCUACAGGGAUCGCAGCAGGUCCCGGGUUAAAACGGACAGGAGGGAUGAGAGAAGUCGCUCCAGGACUAGGGUGGAUCGUCGUGAUGACCGGAGAGAUCGCAGCCGCUCCAGAAUACGCAGAGAUGAUCGCCGAGAUGAGCGAAGGGACGGUCGCAAAGACGACCGACGUGACAAUAGGCAUGACGAUCGACGAGACAGAAGGGAUCAAAGCCGAUCUAGGGCGCGCUCGCCCAGAAGGGCGCGCAGCAGCUCAAGACGGGCAACAGAACGGCGAGGAGCAGACCGGGGAGUUUCCCCAACUAGAUCCACUUGGAGACAGCGCAGCAGAUCUCGGGCUAGGUCACCUAGACGGGACAGGAGUAGACACCGGGAUAAUUCUAGAGCGGGACGUGGCCGUGACCGAUCACCUGCUCGGCCCAGCAAAUCCGAUACGGAAAAGAAAGCAACUACAACUGCAACUUCUUCUACUGCUGAAAUUGAGAAGGAUGUCGCUUCCAAGGAGACGAAAAAGACAGUUCCAACAACGUCGGAUGAUCUAAAGUCUUCGGUCCCAGCACAGACCAGCACUGCGGGAAGCUCCGAGACGAAGAAAUCGACUUCUGUUUCAAAGGCCGACGUUGGAAAGCCUCCAGAGAAAUCCGAUAGCGACAGGGACAAGGCGGGAGGCCGGGCUGUCGACGACCGGGAUGCCAGAGGUGACAAGCGCCAUGCCAGAGAUCGCAGCAGAUCACAAAGACGCUCAAGGAGCCGCCGUCGCAGCAGAACACCGAUACGGCGCGACAGAAGUACACGGCGGCGCAGCCGCUCACGUCAAGACGCUCCAUCCACAGCCACGCGACCACCCCACAGUCUCGAUAGGGAAGGGAAAGAGGAGUGGAAGCAGGAGGAAGUACGCAAACGUGAGAAGGAAGCUCGUGCAUAUUUGGCGGCACAGCGGGAGAAUCGAGAUCGGCCAGCCCCGGUCUCCGGGUCUGAUGAGAAGCGCAGCCCAGGCGACCGCUCGCCAGAUGUCAAGCGCACUGUUACGACCGGCACGCGGGAAGAGAUUGACCGCUAUGUGCCUGGCGACCGUCGAUCAAAUAUUGAUCGCCAGACUACGGGCGGGCGAGAUCGUAGCCGCAGUCGCGACAGGGACAGAGAUCGAGCUAGGGAUAGAAGUCGCGACAAGGACAGGCGAAAUGAUAGGGAUCGUCGUGAUGAUAGACGUGAUGACAGACGUGAGAGACGCCGCAGCCGUUCUCGAAGUCGGAGCCCGCGGAGAGACAGGGAGCGGGAUAGCUAUCGAGAUCGGGAUCGUACCUCACGUCGAGACAGGUCAAGGAGUGCCUCUCUCAUGAGGCGUCGCGAUCGCAGCAGGGAACGAGACAGGGCGAGGAACAGGGACCGCGAUAGGGAGCGGAGUGACCGCCCCUCACGCCGGGACCGAUCGAGGAGCGUGUCUGUCAGGAGGCGUCGUGACCGCAGUCGAAGUCGUAGCCGUCAACGGAGUAGAAGCCGACGCUAGGAUCCUCCGCUUGCCUCCACCUACAGACCUGAGCACAACAACGCCCAUGCUGCCCUGAAAACUCCAAUGGUUUCGGGCGGUGGAAACAUCUCUGCAAUGCCAUUUAUUACGGGGCAGCACCAGGCUGUCGCUAUCCCACCUGGACAGGCUUUAAUACGUUCCUCUAUCUCUCGCACUGACCCUUUUGUGCCGGGUACAGCCCCAGGAGGUCCCAGGUCUUGGACGAGCGGCCAAGCUCCAGGGAGAAGUCAACUUCGAGGAAGCACCUCCAGAUCUCUGGGAGGCGAAACAGCUAGCUCGAUCUCCCGAUUUAUCCCUCAUGGGAAUUCCCAGAUCUAUACCAUGCCUGCCGCUCCAGGCACAGCGGACGCUUGGGCAUCGACAACGCCGACUCAUCGCCCUGAUACUGUACAAGUCCUAAAAUCUCAGUAUCCAUGGCAGAGUCUGUCAAAGCGAAAUCGACCCCGCUGAUCAGCGUGUUACGACAUGGGAAUAGUGCAGGGUUUAAAUCUGUGGGAAGUGAUCGGAUAGAACCGUUUACAUCGAUGGCCUUUUUCUGUUUCUUCUCUACUUGUGGAUAUGGACAUGGGGCCGCCGGGCCUGGGUUCUCUUGUUCCGGCCAAUGCUUUCUGCGAUGCUUCCUGAUAUGGACUGGGGAUGGUAUGUCAUUUACUAGUGAAAUAUCCAUGCUUGUAUUGGGUGCUUUAUAAGGGAUGGUGAGAUUGACGAAUGGUAACUCACUUGUACAAAUUUGCAAUUUUCAAUGCCCAAGGACUCAGUCUUGUCUUGUUGAUCCAGUUCUACUAUAGCCUUCUGGCUGGUGGGAACAUGAUAUUUGUUCCGGACAGAGAGGUCCUUUAAUAAGAGAUGAAAUGUUCAGUUCACAAAUCCAGACCUUGCU